UGCAAUUCGACGGAAACUGUCACUCAUCAGACAGGAAGUGGACACUUUAGUGCGCGUGUGUAUCCUAGGGAAGUGACAUCAUAUGUCUACACAACAGGUCAUGCGUCACUUAGUUCUGGGAAUAGAACCUGAUUGAUGGCAUCUAGCUCUGUAUAUCUAAGUGGCUUCUGGAGACCUCAAGUCAUUCUCUCAAACAACAUUGCGCAGAACCCUAUCAGUAUAUCUUGAUUUAGUGUCACUUACUUUACACUUCUGCUCUGUAUUGUUUGCCGCUCUGUGAUAUCAAGUCUAGCCAUUUGGUUGUCAGAGUGAUGUGGAUGAAGGUUUUGAGUUCACUGCUGACGCUUUCCUUCAUUUUUGUUCCAUCCUGUCGAGGACAAGGGAGUGAAAGUCUUUGUGAAGCUGAGACUGAGUGUGGAAAGUGCAUUUCGGCUUCUCCAGACUGUGCUUGGUGUGGUGAUGAGGAAAGUGUAUUGACCACACGUUGUAGACCUCGGGCUUCCUGGACAGAACAGAACUGCAAAGAGGUUUUUUAUCCUAGAGGAAGAGUGGAUACUGUUGAGAAAGUUGACUUUUCUGAGACAGUCCAGAUAUCACCUCAGCAAUUUAAUAUUUCAAUGCGGCCAGGAGAAACGGUCACAUUUAACGUGACUGUUCGUCUCGCUGAUAACUACCCGGUCGAUCUUUAUUACUUGAUGGAUUUGUCAUACUCUAUGGAUGAUGAUCUCGAUGUACUGCCUACGAUUGCCAGGCAAAUGCAGCAAGGCUUGAAAAACAGAACAAAGAGAGUUCGUCUUGGUUUUGGGACGUUCAUUGAGAAGCCGGUUUUUCCAUUUUCAGAAGAAAAUUCUGAGUUUGCCGUCGACGUUGCUGGAUUUACGUUUGUUAACAACCUUCCUCUAUCGAAAGACAUUCAGAAGUUUAUUGACAAAGUGAAGGAGCAACGAACUUACUUUAAUUUGGAUGAGCCUGAGGGUUCACUAGAUGCCUUGAUUCAAGUGAUUGCUUGUCAAAGGGAAAUAAAAUGGCAGAGUGAUGCUAGACGGAUUGUUGUUGUUGCAACUGAUUAUGGAUUUCACAUUGCUGGAGACGGCAAAUUGGGAGGAGCUGUAGUACCUCACGAUGGCAACUGUUAUCUGGAUAAAACAGGGAAGGGAGGAAAGUACAGGGACGAUGUAGCAAGAAGAUUGGAUUAUCCAUCAAUUUCUCUUAUCGAUGAAAAACUGACUUCUGAGAACAUCAUCCCAGUCUUUGCUGUCACAGAAAACGUUGAACAGAAUUACACAGGUCUUGCAGGCGAGCUGACCGCUGGAUUUGUGGGAAAGUUGGAUAACAACUCUGGCAAUGUUGCUCAACUUAUUCAAGAUAUUUAUGACGACAUUGUGUCUAGUGUCAUUCCGAUUACCCCACGUCGUGAUGGUUUAAACAUUGGAAUCAAGGCUUUUUGUCCUGAAGGUGCUGUUAAGGGACCAAAAGGUACAGAAUGUCACCAGGUUCCACUGGGCACGGAGGCUACGUUUAUGUUCAGUGUUACGGCGGAUAGUUGUGAAGACAUUGAACGAAUACAGUCUGGUGUUGAGAUUAAGUUUGUUGGAUUGGGUAAUAACGUGAAGUUGGCGUUCACUCCCGUAUGCGACUGUGACUGUGAGAAACAGAGGAGUACAAAUUCAAGUCAAUGUAAUGGAGGCUCACUGGUUUGUGGACAUUGUGAAUGUUUGCCUGGAAGCUUUGGACGUAAUUGUGAAUGUGAAAAAGACAGUGCUGAAACCGAGAAGAGUUGCCAUGUGAUCAGUGCACAAAAUUCUACUAAUGAUGUUCAGGCUCAGCAAUGUUAUGGUCAUGGAGAGUGUGUAUGUGGCUUGUGUCUUUGCCAAGAGAAUUUCAUUGGUCCGUACUGUCAGUGUAAUAGACUCUCAUGUGAUAGAGGUUUCAAUGGACUCAUAUGUAGUAACCAAGGACAGUGUAACUGCAAGGCCAUAGAGGGCAGCCCUCAUUGCGACUGUAGUUGUACCUGUCAAGCUGGCUUUACAGGACCAGACUGUGACUGCACUACCUCAACUUAUGAAUGCAAGGCAAAGCAAUCGGAUGCAUUUGUUUGCAGCAAACAUGGCCAGUGUGAGUGUGGAAAAUGUGUAUGUGACGAAGGCUACAUUGGACUUCUCUGUGAUACUGCGUUGUCUAACCCAAACACGAUCGAUGACAUUUGUGCAGCACAUGAAGACUGUGCAGAAUGCCUCGCCUUUGCUAGUGGCCCUAAAGCAAGGACCUGCUCAGAAGCCACUUGUCCUCAGCUACUGUUUGAUACAGAGCUGCCUGACGGUGUUAUUGAAACUGACUGUCCUAAUCGUAAAACGGACGACGAUUGUGAAUAUUCGUUCUCGGUUCUGCUCAAUAGAGACAACACAGUGUACGGGAUUAGGCUCAAAUCAGAAAAGAAGUGUCCAAAGUCAUUUCCGUAUCUAUUCGUUAUUUUGGGUUUGGUGAUUGGUCUUCUUAUUCUCUUUCUCAUUCCUCUGAUCAUAUGGAAAUUGGUGACAUGGUACUUGGACAAUAAAGAGUAUACCCAGUUUCAGAAAGAUCAGAAAGAGGCACAGUGGAGCAAGACUCAAAAUCCUAUUUAUCAGCAGCCUGUGCAACGGAAUGUCAAUCCUGCAUUUGGCAGAGGCGCAACACAAUACACAUAACUUUACGCUGCUUGUCAAUCUUUUGGUAAUAUUUCUGUUAAUUAAUUAAUUAACCUUCUAUUGAUAGAGCAAUAUUUCUUUGACCGUGAUAGAAUCAUACAUCAUAUGACUGAGGAUUGAUUAAUUAAGUAAACAUAAGUGAGGAAUGAACUCAUUCAGAUACAGUUGUCUAGUCAAUGUAUUUAGUUUUGCAAUUGAAAUGUGUGAAAAUGGUAGCAUGGUGCUGCAGUACCAUUCA